GUUCAUUUUCAUGGAAGAAGAUGGCGACAACAAUUCAAAGGUUUUGUUUGGAUUUGACGCUUUCUUGUGGAAAAAGGAAUCAAUUUCUCAGUAAUUCUUCCUCUUCAGCUCCUUCAAACUUCAUCACCUUCAACUCUCCCUCCUUCCCUGCUACCCUCUCGCUCACGCUCAGCUUCGUUCCCAAUGUCAAAGGAUUGCUGCCACAGAGGGCUCUGGAAAGAUCAAUUCGCUAUGGAUCCGUAAUUUGCAUGGCCAAAAGAUAUGCUCCUGACACUACAAAGAGAAAGAGGUUGAGUAGGAAGAGGGGUGGUGAUCCAGCCAAGAAAAAGAAGACAAGGAGGAAAGGGGGAAGGAAAGAUUUCAAAAUAGUCAGGCUCUCCUCAACUGCUAGGACUGGUUUUUUCUAUGCCAAGAAGAAAAGCAGGAAGAUGGCUGAUAAGAUUGAGGUCCAGAAAUAUGACCCUAUUGCAAAUCGCCAUGUUCUGUUCACUGAAGUCAAGGACAAAGACAUAUAAAGAAAAAGACCCUUGAACAGAGAGGCAAGAAGAUCUCAGAUCCCAAAGACAAGAGAAGAGAAGGAGAAGAAGAAGAAGAAGGUUGAAAAGGAAGAGAGAAGGAAAUAAAGAAAUGAUUUCCUCGUUUCCCAGUAGCAACUCCAGUGAAAAUCAUGACUUGCAAAUGAAGUAAGUAAAGCAAGUAGAGAGGGAGCAGCGUCAGAAACGCCUUCUUUUAUGGGUUAUCUGUUUAAUUUAGAGAAACAAUGUCAAAUCUGGGUUUGGGAAAAAAGAUAUGGGGACAUUGUCCAUAUCAGGAGAAACCCAAAAGAGAGGGGAAAAGAUUAAAAACAGUGGCUGUUGAACAGAGAGGGCAAGCAGUGUACUUUACAAUAUAUAAUUGGAGAGGCAAGUAAGUAAGGGAUUGGGUGAAGCUAUUUUUUUUUUUUUUUUUCCCUUUCUUUCUUGUUCCAGAUGAAGACAGAGAGAGCUGACUUGAGGAAACUUUUGUGUGUUCUUUAUGGAG